AUGCUCGCUAAGUCAGCAACCUCCUUGGCGCUUGCAUCGCUUGUGCUGCAGGCCACCGCUGUAUCCAAGAAGCAAUGGAGUAAGCGAAGCGACCAUUUGUACUUGCCAAAAAAGACCAGCGACUACAAGACUGCCACGGCUCCGAACAAUGUCACUAUCCGAUACAAGAACCCAGGUAUUUGCGAGACCACUCCAGGCGUAGAUAGUUACUCUGGAUAUGUGGACCUUACACCAGAUAUUCACGUCUUCUACUGGUUCUUCGAAUCUCGCAAUAACCCAGCCAAAGAUCCGUUCACCCUCUGGCUCAAUGGCGGCCCCGGAUCAGACUCUUUAAUUGGACUCUUCGAAGAGAACGGACCUUGCAUGCUCAAUGACAACUUGACGACCGUGUACAAUCCAUACAGCUGGAACAACGUUUCCAACAUGCUGUACAUAUCCCAACCUGUCGGCACAGGUUUCAGCUACCAAAAGCAAGGAGUCGGUAGCUUCAAUCCGUUAUCUGAAGACUUCCAUUAUAACUCAAGCGACUGGCCGGCGACCGGAAGGUGGCCCCUCUCCGAACCGCUCAACGCCGGUAAGAUUGACACCACCGAUCUUGCUGCUGCCGCUACUUGGCAUGUACUUCAAGCGCUGCUGAACACUAUCCCCAAAUUUGACACAAAGAUUGGAACCCCGCAGGAGUUUAAUCUUUUCACCGAAUCGUAUGGUGGACAUUACGGGCCAGCUUUCUUCAAUUAUUUCUACGACCAAAACUUGAAGAUUGAGAAUGGGAGCAUGCCUGGUUACCCACUCAACUUCAACUCACUCGGCAUAAUUAACGGUAUCAUUGACGAAUCCGUCCAAGCCGAAUACUACCCCGAGUUCGCUGUUAACAAUACCUACGGCAUCAAAGCCUACAACGACACUGUCUACUCGUACGCGAAAUUUGCGAACAAUAUGUACAACGGAUGUCUCAACCAGAUUGCUCUAUGUCGGGCUGCUGCUGAAGGGAACAGCUCCUACUAUCAUGCAGAUGCCCCGAUCACUGAGGUCGAGUUGACUCCCGGAGUGGUGCAGAUCUGCAACGAAGCGGCGGACAUGUGUCGCGACAACGUCGAGUCGCCGUAUUACUAUUACAGCGGACGUGGCGUUUACGACAUCAGGCACCCUUACUCGGAUCCAACUCCGCCCCCGAACUAUCCGAGAUAUCUCAAUCUGCCUGAAGUGCAGGAGGCUCUCGGUGUCACGCUCAACUAUUCCGGUAACAACGGCAUAUACUACGCUUUCCAGAACACUGGAGACUUCAUCUUCCCAAACUUCAGGCUCGAUCUGGAACACCUGCUAGACCAGGACGUGCGCGUCAGUUUGGCAUAUGGAGAUGCCGACUACAUUUGUAACUGGUUCGGUGGCGAGGCUAUCAGUCUUGCAGUCGAAUACACUCACAGCAAAGAGUUCCACAGCGCCGGCUACGAGCCCAUGACCGUAGACGGUACUGAGUACGGCGAGGUGCGCCAGUAUGGCAACUUCAGCUUUGCACGAGUGUAUGAAUCCGGUCACGAGGUUCCCUAUUAUCAACCUGAGGCCGCAUUGGCUUACUUCAACCGCACUCUGUUCCAUUACGACAUUGCAACGGGUGAGAAGAAGGUCACCGCCAACCUCACCUCAUCUGGACAGGCGAAUGCAACUCACACAAACUCUUUCGUCCCGCUCACAAGCUCCUAUGUCCAGGCUUUCCCAUCACCGAUCUACCCUACAGCUACUUCAGCCUACUAG